GAUACAGUACUUAAUGGGACGGUACCAUGACAGGACACAGUAUAAAUAAGAGGGGAAGGCAAUGAAGAUGUCUCAGUCGGUGGCAGGAGCAGGCACAGACACAAGGCCAUUUUAAGUGUAGAGGUGUGCAUGCAUGCAGGAUUCCUGCUGCUGCAGUGUAACACACACACAGAACAAUGAAGUUGUUGAUUUUGGCUCUCAGCAUGGCCCUGCUGUUUACCGCUGGUGAAGCCCUGGACUGUCACCGUUGUGUCUCCAAAAAGGCUGGAGGAGAAUGUGAGCUGACCGUGGAGACGUGUCUACCAGAGAAGGACGCCUGUGCAGCUGCCAAAUUCCUCAGACAGCCAUACGCCCAGUACCAGAAAUGCAUGAGGAUGACUGACUGUGAAAUGCUGAAUAUGAACUCCUUCAUCAACAUAAGUUGCUGCACUGAAGACAUGUGCAACACUUUUUAAGUCCUGUUUUUGAGAAAACUGAAAAAUAAAAAGUUUGAGAAAC